GUGACACCAUUCUCCCGCCUCGACUUCGAGGUUAACUCACAUUCUUCGUUGAUUCGACACGCAAACGCCGCGCGCGGAAUCAUUUAUCCUCGACAUUCGUCUUUUGUUCGUUCGUAUAGGGCGCGUAUGUGAAGUUAAUCCGUCCAAUUCACUUAUCAUCCGCCCCGACCGGGCUUAGUAUAUUUACAACAAAUACCUGUAAUCCACCAUGUCCACCAUUCCAGCUCUCUCACUCCCAAUCGCUCGUGAAGAAUGGCCAGACGCAGACUUCGAUCUACCAGAUGGCGACCAUAUCCGCUCACUCGACGUCGAAUCCGACAAGGAGGAUGAUGAUGAAGACGAUGAAAUAGAUUGGGACAUUGAAAUGGACCUCGGGAAAACCGGCGGCGCAAAGGCAAAGGCCGUCGUCGCUGGUAUGGCUGCCAGGUCACACUUCUCAAGAAUUGUUUCUGGCAACAUGAUCACAAUUCGCCCCCCACUCACUUGUCAGGAGGAAGAAGACGAGGAAGACGAGGAAGGUGUGUCUACUAUAAAGAUCGCCGCUCUUCCAAAGCUUGUUGCCAAGCCCCUUCCUUCUUCCAUCGAGGAAGACAUUGAGUCUGCCUUCGCCCUUCCUUCAGACCUCACACGAUUAUCCCUCGCACCCCUCUCUCUCAGCCAUCGGUCUUCGAAGAACUCCUUGGAAUGGGGUGAUCAGACAUCAUCAUCUCAGUCCUCUGAUGCAUAUUCCUCCCUCGGUCUCGCCGAUGCUUCCUCAUCAUCAAACUCUGUAUCCUCCCUUUCCUUACAUGAAACAGAGGAAAGCGACUGUGAUGAAAACGAAAGCGAGUUGGAGGGGCUAGUUGUUCCCUCCGGUCUCUUCGAGUCCACCCAGAGUGCAAAGCAUCUCAAAAAGAUGCUCGAACUGAAGAAACAGGUCCAGAUAACUGAUCACCGUAUAAAAGUCGCCAGCCCUGACCCCGAGGAUGACUUUGAAAUGGGUCUCCUCAUCGAGGAUGAUGACGAUUUCAGCCCAAGCAGGCUCGUCAACGCCAAGCAGAACCAGCGCUACAACCGUAGCAAAAGUGCACCUGCUCGCGCACUCUUGCCCAUACGUCCGCCCUCAAGGAUGAGGGCUGACCGGGCAAAGUCACCUGUAAAUCCUCCCAUAUCAUCGGCCCGUCAGUUACAGCGCAUUAAGCUUUCGUCUUCACCGCCACCCCGCCCAUUGUGUACCACACGUGCUCUCACUUAUAAGGAAGCACUUUCCGCCGCCCCACCUACUCCAACAAACACCUUUUUAUCCCCUAAACCUGGCAGUCUCCGAGGACAAAAGUCGCAUUCUGGUCUCAAACCCCCCACCCCACCUGCAACACAACGCAAGGGGCUCACCCGCAAAGCGUCCCUGUCUUCCUUAAUGGAAUGCAGCACAUCUCAAGCAUCAGGCUCUGGUAUCGUCGUCACUGCAGGUCCAUCAUCAGGUAAACUUGCACGCUACGAAGCACCCACAGCCGCCUCACGUGCGAAGUCGCACACGAGCUCAACCAGUCGUAUACACGGCCUUGACUUUAUCGUGCCACCCACGAGGCCAUCGACCCCUUCUUCGAAUCCUGCUGCACUGCGCUUGACUAUGCCGACUUCAAUACGUAUGAAGUCACGACCUGCCCUGUCUUCCAUCUUUCCCGGACCUGCCACUGUCGCUACCCUCCCUGCACCUCAACCUUCACAUCGCGCAACAUCGCCAAUACUUCCUCGCCCUCCUUCGACGAUAUCACUGCGUAGUCGUGCUGCACAGACGCAAACACCACUCAUACCUUCGACAUCAGCUCCCAAACUUCUACGGCGACCAAAGCGGCAACGCACAUACGGUGAUGGCACUGAAUUAGAUGCCUUUGACGACCUCCCGACAGACCGAGAUAAAGAGGGAAGAUUUAGGGUACAACCCAAGGCGACAAAUCGUGGUCCUGUCGGUAGCUUGUCAAAGACCUCCGACAAGGAGAAAGAUAAGGAGACAGGUACGAUGCGCAAGAAGGGAAGAAAAGAUGUUGCUAGUCCAGACGUCUCAGGCGCACUUGCACCCGCCACCAACACCCUGAGGCGCACGGGUCGCAUUGAAUUCCCAAAGGCUUCUGUCACCGAGAUUAGCAUAAAGAAGAAGAAAGAUGCCUCAUCGCCUGUACUUGGUCAUACAAGGAGAAAACCCACUCUGAUCCGCCACCUCGGCAGUGCAAGUGGACCAAAAGUUGUGGGUGAGAUGAAAUGGAAUCCAACAACCCUUCGUUGGGAAGGGAAUGAUCAAGUGCUCCGUGAUUUCGAUACAGUCGUUGGAACUUCCACCCGGCCUGCAUUGAUCACACACCUCACCGGGUCAUCCAUUGGAUCUCCAGUCGGUUCCUUUGCCGCCGGUGCUCGCAAGGUCGGCAACAUGAUAUUCGACCCCACGCGGAUGUGCUGGGUGUCAACUCUACCUCCCGAUGAAGAAGAACCAGAUGUCUUCGCCGAUCUCGCAGAUGACGAGGAUGACGAAGAUGCAUGGGAACAGAAGGGAGGCACAAUCCGCGCCAGCCAGCAAGGAUGCACCAGUAGUGCAAUGUCAGAUACAAGUGGAUCGACCACUUCCGCUAUCAUCAUUACCGCACCCAGCCCAGCGCGCAGUCGAAUACGGACAAACUCCGAGUCGGAAAGCGAUCGCGGCUCAAGGGCAUCCCUUGUUUAUGACGUGGCCGAUGAUUUUGUGGAAAAAUGUCGCGCCGCAGAAGAAAGACACAGGCAAGAACACAAAGGAUGGCGAAUGUUACGCCAGACAAACCCCUUUGGUUCUCCUGAUCGACAUGAGCUGUAUGAAAUCCGUGCCCUGGCUACCCGGAAGUAUUGAUAUUCUCUUCGUAUAUUAUGCUAUUCCCCGGCUUCCCCCUGAUCGAACUGCACGACGACCCUAUGCAUGUCUUUGCCCUCUUAUAUCCUUUUCCGGAGUUUCCCAGAUUUGCAGUACAAAAUUAUUGGAUUGUUCCAUUCCACUCCCUCGUUUGUGUUUCGUCGAUUCGUCUUUGUCGCCUAUCUUAUUCCUUUUGCUUGAUUCCUGUGCUAGUUUAUCGUCGCUCGUUGGAUUCAUUUUUUUUCUACUUUCCCUUUCGUUGCUCUGCUACGUUUUUCCUAAAUGUGUACGGGAUAAUAUGGAUCACGAUGUUCAAACACCUCA